ACAUUGUUUACACGGCGGCGAGGCGAGGCUGUGUGCGAGGCGCCGCGGCCAUGGGGAAGGUCAGGGGUGCUCAACCCACUGUUUGAUGGUCGCAUGCAGCCCUCAAGGAAGUGUAAUGCGGCCCUCGAGCAAGAGGGAGUAUCGGGAGGAGGAAGUGUAUGCCAGUGGCCCCUCUGUCAGUGGCACUGACGACUCCUCUGGCUCCAGCAACUCUCCCUCUGGUAGCAGCAGCAGCAGCAGCAGCAGCAAUGAUGAUAGCAACAGUGAGCGGGAGCGCCGACAGCGGAGACACAUCAAGAAGCGCUCAAAAAGAAAACGGGAGAAAAGGUCCAAGAGGGACAACUCAAGUGAAGAGGAAGAGGAGGAGGAGGACGAGUACGGUGACCCUGAUGAUCGGAGGAAGAGGUCAAGACACACAGUGGAGGAGUACACGGAGGAGCGGAGGCACCAUGGCACCACAGGAGGGAGCCGGAGAAAGAGGCGCCACCACCACCACCACCACCGCAAGCACAAACACAAACACCGCCACCGCCGCCGCCACCACAGUGAGGAGCGGAGCAAGGGUGGUGCAUCCUUGGAGCGGCCCAGUGAAGGGAGGAAAGGAAGGGAGAUGGAGGAGAGGAGGGGCAGGGAAAGGCUCGAACCGGAGAGGGAGAGACGAGCAUCAAGGGAGACCGAGAGGCGAGAGAGGAAGGAGGAGAAGAGGAGCAGAGACAAGAGCAGGAGUGAGGCAAGACCGGUGACGAGCAAAUGGGACGAAGAGGAGGACACCCCUUACGACCCUGGCCGGCGGAUAAAAGUGGAGCCUGGCCUGGAGGGUGACGGGAGUGAGGGCGGCUGGGAAGGAGAGUACGAGAAUGGUGGCAGCAGGAAGAGGAAGCACCAUCAUCAACAGCAACAGCACCAACGACGAAGACACCAGCAGCAAGAGAACAGCCACCGUCCACCGCACAGAGCGAAGGUGGAGGUGAAGGAGGAGCCGGGCAGCAGGUCGCGCCCAGACACCACAAACAGUUCAACGGCAUCAGAGAACGGCAGAACUGGCUGGGGGCUGAGUGGUGGUGGUGGUGGUGGCGGCGGUGAUGGUGGUGGUGGUGGAGGCGGCGACGGCAGCGGUGGCGGCGGUGGUGGUCACAGCGAGGACCCUGCAGAGGGGGAGGAGCGGCAGAAGCCCAACCUGGGAGUGACGGGCAAGCUGGCCGAGGACGCCAACACCUACAACGGCGUGGUGAUCAAGUACUCGCAGCCGCCCGAGGCCAGGAAGCCCAAGCGACGGUGGCGAUGGUACAUAUUCAAGGGGGACGAGGAGCUGCCGUUCCUGCCGCUCCACCGCCAAAGCGCCUACCUCAUCGGGAGGGAUCGCAAGGUGGCCGACAUCCCCACCGACCACCCGUCCUGCUCUAAGCAACACGCCGUCCUGCAGUACAGGCUCGUCACCUACAAAAGAGGAGACGGAACAAAGGGCCGCACUGUCAAGCCGUACAUUCUGGAUCUGGAGUCGGCCAACGGAACAUACGUCAACAACCGGCGCAUCGAUGCCAAGCGCUUUGUGGAGCUGCUGGAGAAGGACGUGGUCAAGUUCGGGUACAGUUCCCGUGAGUACAUCCUGCUGCACGAAGGUUCCAAGGGCGAUGAUGAGGAUAUUCCCGACACCGGCACCGACCUUAGUCCUGUGUCCAUGCUGCGAAGCUAACACCCUGGCGGCCCCUCUGGUGGUGGUGGUGGCGGUGGUGGCAGUGGCAGUUCAUUUGGUUCAUAGUUAGUCUUUGAUCAUUUUUCCUUUCUCAUAGUUUCCUUAUCUUCCCCUCCUUCCUGUUUUUAUAAUUUGGCCCCUCCCAGAGUUUCUUAUUGUGUUUCUCUUUUCAUCUUUUCCUAACUCUUUCAUGUUUUAUCAUUUUUCCUUUCUCAUUGUUUCUAAAGUCAUGCUCUUAUUCUUCUUUACCUUCCCUCCUUCUUUCUUUUUAUCUUACUUUCCCUUCAUCUUUCUUUCUGUCCUUCAUUCAUUCUUUCUCUUUGCUAUCCAUUUUUCAUUCCUUUUUUCUUUCCUUCUUUCUUUUGUUCCUCUGUCCCUUCUUCCCUUCAUCAGUAACUUUUUUUUUUUUUUUUUUAUCCCAAAGUUCCUCUCAUCACAAUGUCUUACCUCAUUCUUCUGGACCUGUUCUCUUGUUGUUCCCUUAUCAAAGAUAGAGAGAAAAAACACUAUUUUUUUAUUGGGGGUGUCAUAAGUUUUUCCUAUCAGUGUCUUUAGCUCUGCUUGCUUUUCUCUUCUCUUUUCCUGUGCCCAGAUUACAAGCUCUUCCCUCCUAGGCCAUUCCUUUGAGGUCAGUUCCAACAAUAUCAGCCAGCCAAACUCAUUACCUACGAGCUUUCUGUGGACCACUUUGAGAAGGUAAUGGCUACAUCCAACAUUUACUUUCUGUUGAAAAUACUAUGGUGCAAAUGGGCUAAUGCAAUACUAAUUGGAAGUGAUUUAAUGAAGGUAUAAAGCAGUUUAGAAUCUGCAGCAAGUAGUAACUGACAUCUCUUAGUAAGGGAGAGCUUGGAGUAUGGCUGCUAAUCACUGUAUGUCUCAUCCCAUCACUGUGUGCAGGUCACCACAAUAUACAAAUAUUCAGGACCCAAGAAGUCACUAUGACAAGGAGCGUAAAUCUAGGACAGUUACAGGGUUAGAGAUUGGUUGAUAAUGUGACUUUCAAAACUGCUUCAAUGUAGAGGACAACACUGCAUUUAUUGAUCCUUCUGUAUUGAGUUAGGUUGCCAGCUCCGGACAGAGACCAGUAAGUACAGUGCUUCCCUCCACAUAGAAGCAGCUUGGAAAGUCUCCCAUUGCUGCAAAUAUUUUUAUGAUGAUAGAGUGGCUUUAGAAGCCUUGUACUGCCAUUCUCACCCAAGAUCUGUUUGCUAGGUUGUACACUGCUUCUAUUAAUAUUCAUGUUAAGAAAGAAAAAAUUACUGUGGAAAAUUGAGUCAAGGUAUAAAAAUUAACCCAGUCUCAGAAAAGGAUUAUUUACAUUUUUUGCAGAAACAGGCAACCCCCAGUCCACAAGUGGGUUAUGUUCCCAAAAAUCUAUUCAUUGUUCAAAAUCAUCAUAAGAUGAGUUGAUUAGCGUGUCCAGUUAUUCAGUUUCCAGUCUCUCAAUCAGUGCUGUUUAGCUCACCUUUUCUGUGGAAAAUGCAGUCAUGAAAAAUACAUAUUCAUUAACAAAAAACAAGUACAAAAAAAAAAAGUAUUUAUGAUGAUCUUUUUAAUUUCAUUUCAGUUUUCAGUCAUUAAUAUCAUUGAAAUUUUGAAAGAAUGUAAUAUUAGGAUCUGUUUUCUGGAGGGAUUUUUUUUUCUACACUCACAUAAAACUGGAUUCCCUUUCUUACAUUAUGAUUAUGUUUCCAGUAAAUGGAAAUCAAGUCCAUCUAUAACAUCAUUCAUGUAUAAGUUUUCGAUGAGUUCCUUACAUUAAAUUAUUUUGCAUAUUAUAGUUUAGCUUACCCUCCAAAAUAUCUUCUGCACUGCACCACAUUUUCUCAGUUUUAGGUUUAUUUUGUCAAAUAUACAUGAAAAGUGUUCUAAUUCACAUAUAGAAAACAACGCAACAAAAAAGUUGACAUGCAAAUCAGUAUUUACAUAAUAAAGUACUGAUUUUUGCUAUUCCGGAAUUAAUGUGCCCGACAGUGGGGUCAGAAUAUCAUGGAUGGCAGUGGUGUUAUGUGCACAUUUUUACCAUCAAAUCUGUACAAUGAUAACAAUGAUGAUGUCAGCAAUUCUUCUCUGUCAUUAUAUUAUACAUUUAUUCCCUGAAUUUCACUUCGUCUCCAUCAGUUAUUCAGCUGGUAAUGAAGUUCUUAUAGUUUUAAAGCAGAUAAUAUUUGUUACAUUAUAAAUCAUCCAUCAGAAGGCAUAAAAAGGAUUCACUAACAUAUAUACAAGAAUAUGAACAUAAUAAGCUCUUGACAGCAACUUCAGGAUGCCCUGUGAAUUUGACAUGAAUUAGUAAAGAAUUUAGAAUAGACACCUACGCUGCUCUGGCCUGCAGCUGGUAACAAAUUUCUGUGCCAAAACCCAAGACUACAUCCAGAAGGGAAUUUUCAACUUGCUUACUGAAGAUUGGUUCUAGGAUUCCAAUUUUUUUCCCCAUUUACCCACAUCAACCCAUUUUUUGCUCAAUCUGAUAGAUAUACUAGACUUUCCUUCACUGUGCCUUACCCUAAAUGGCUGAGGAAAGGCAUUAUAUGCUGUGAAACUGAAGAAACAGUAAAAAUAAGUAAUUGUAUCAAUGAUACAUACAACUCACGUGGCUUUGUUUACAACCAGCAGCUGAAUGUCAUCCCUGACUUUGGCCACAUCUUUAUGCUAUGAGUGUAUUGUAAAACUUUUCAAGUUGAAUGCCGAGGCAGGACCUGAACCCUCUCCCUGCCCUCACCUGGCACUGGGUAGUGUAUAUAAAAUGUCUUAUGUAUACAGUCAUGCACCAUUUGACAUUCACAUUAUAUUCUGUGAAAUAAUACACUGCAUGACCUGUGAUCAUGGGGCUACUCAGGGUUGAUGGAGUAAGGAAAGUGAAUUUAAGAAUUAAAAUGACAGAGGCUGUUACUGCCACUUACACACAUUAUGACAUGUACUGUACAUGUGUCAGCUAACCAGUUGUUCCAGUUUUCAUUACCUAUUUGAUAUUAUCAUUACCAGAUAUUAAUAGUGAGUAAGUCAUUUGCAGGAGUAUGAUACGUAUGCACCCAAAGAAUUGAAAACAAAAAUGUCGGGCACUGCUCAUUGCUGCCCACGCUCCUACAUAACAGCUGUGUAACUGCUUGUGGGUAUGUUCACUGCCUGCUUGAUAUUCUAUUUCCCACUUUUUUAUAGAAUGAAACAUUCAGUAGUAAGUACUUUUCAGUACCUGGAGAAUUAAAACCAAAAAUGACAGAACUCUGCUCGCUGCUGCGCACGCUCAUUUAUGUACAGAAGUGAUCAUGAGCCCCACUAACAGCUCCUUAUCCUACCAAUGAGGUCCUUCCUAUGCUUGGAUUACAGUUUAUUCCUGUAUGCAAACAUGGUGUGUUAUGUAUAUGGGGAGUGUCAUGUGCCAAAAUGAUUUUACUAUACUUCUUUGAUAAUACAAAGCAGCACUCUCCCUAAAUCAGUUAAACAUAAUAAGCUUAAUAUUCACCUUUAAGAUGUGCUGUAGAGGAAUUAUUAUAUGCAUAGGAGCCAUACAGUUGUAAUUCAGUUGAACAACUAAAUGCAUGUCUGCAAAGAUACACCAUCCAAAUGCCUUUCAAGAGUUUGGCCUCGUCUCAGUGCUAUGAAUAUUACCCAUUGUGGAAUGGAGAGUUCCUUACCCCUCUGUACCUCAUCGUUACCCUAUCAUUGGAGACUAUUUUUCUUGCCUCCUAAGUAAAUUUACCCAAUAUGAAAAAUGUUGAGACUGUCGAUGAUGUCAGGCCAUAGUGUUGAGCUAUCUUGUUUGUCUUCUCACAGCUCUCAUUCUUCCUUAUUAUGGCAGGCUUUGUGAUUUGUUUGCCAGGGCACCUGGAUGGCAUGAUGGCAAAAUAUUAUGUUUCACAUGUGGUGGCAAAAUGCUGAACUGGUUUGGAUGAGAGGAUGAAAGUGAAAGGCACACAUUUUCUCCUGUGGUGGCGCUGUGGUGGAGGAGAUAUAAACAAGGCAGUAAGAGAGGGAGGAGGGCAGUUGUCAUGAAUUAGCUGAUUAAGAGCUUUUAAAGCAAAUUUUGGUAUUUGUUAGGACAGUGGAGGGUAGCAAUACAUGAUCUUGGUCAAAACAAGUUUUUGUUGCGUGAACAUUCAUACAGUGGGGUUGCCUGUACCUCUUGUUCUCUGCGAGUUUGAAUUCAUAAUUUCUGGAAGUACACAGUUUAAAAAAUUUCUUUGGGUUUCUUCCAUUAUGCCAUUUAUUUAAUGUUGACUUGCUAAGUAUUUUUAAUGAAAAAAUUAUAAUAGUAUUUAAACUAUGCAAAAUCCACAUUACACAACUUUAUUAGGAACACAAUCUUCACUCUAAAUGAAAGUUACGCGCCUGUAUUUUGAUGAUUGUUGAUUUUUGUACCUAAACUGCAUUUUCCCACCAUGGGGACUGAUUGAAAUGAUACCUAAAUAUUGGUUUACAUACCCUGCAGCCCCUUCACCCACACCAUAUAAGCCACCACCACCACCACAAUCACUCCCAGGCCAUUUCAUCCAAAGGCCACACAUUUAGAACUCACAGUAUACCAUCAUUUUUCUAACAUAGAUUGUAGUCAACAGAAAAAAAUGCCUGCAGAGGGUGACACAACAUUCAUUCUACCAUUACUAGGCUUUCUCAUCCUUAGACCACACAUUCAGAAGUCUCAAUAUUCCAUUUCAAGACCAUUUUUCUACCAUAGAGUGUAGUCAACAGAAAAAAUAUUGCCUGCAUGGGGUAACCUAUCAUUCAUUCUACCACUGUCAGGGUUUCUCAUCCAUAGAUCACACAUUCAAAAGUCUUGUGUAAACCCAUGUAUAGUAACUGGUUUGGGAGGGGGAUCAAGGACUUGGUUAAUUCAGCAUACUUUGGACAGUGUUAGGCAGUUAAGGAUCACUUACAAAUUAUAUCAAAGUCCAUCUUAGACCAUGUAAUAUUUCUUUAUUAGGGGGUAGGGGGAUCAUCUCCAUCAACCCCUCUUUUCUAUACGGGCUUGCUAAUAUGCCAUUUCAAGGUCGUUUUCCUACCACAUACUGUAGCCAGCACGAAACAUGCUUCAGAUGACCCAAGCAGAAGAUGAAGCAGCAUUUGCCACUACUGCCAUGACAGCAGCUUCUCUGCCACAUUACCAUUCAUGUAUAUAUAUUCCUAUACAUUUCCCUCCCUGCUCUACCCUGAAGAUCACUAUCUAUUUGUUAUUGUACAUAUCCAUUCAAAAGGGUGGCAGGCGAGCACACUCACACACACAUAUACACAGAAAGAAGCUGAUACAUGUCUGUAUAUCUCUUCUUCCCUGUGAAAAUUGUUCAAAGGCUUAAGUGACUUUUUUCAGGCCAGAGUCAGUGGGAGGAGAGAAAAGCCAGGAGCUUAUAGAUGAACAAUUAACCCUUUCACGCACCAUAAGUUUAAUAAGUUUCUCUUUCCACUGCGACAACCGUCUGGGGCUCCCUAGGGGGCCCAUGCGGCGAAAAUUUUUAUCAUGUUAUCGAUUUCACCCACGAGUAUUCUUUUUUCCUGGUAGUAUUAUAUAUCAUUGGUUUUGGAAGAGAUUAUUCUGCCUUAUGAAAGAAAAAAUAUCAAGAAAUGCAAAUAAAUAGCGAAGUUUACCGACUGAAUAAAAUAAUUUAAAGGGACGACAGUCACACUCACAGGCUGCCUGCUGAGAGGCAACUAAGCCACAGGCAAUUAUCACUUCAAAUCCAACAGCACGAGAGAGUUGACAAUUAGUUUAUUUUAUAGUUCUAGCUUGGAUCUUUGACGCAAAAAAAAUUGACGCGAUUCUGAAAGAUACUUUAUUUUUGGCAAUUUUUUUAAAGUUUUUGACGAUUUGAGUCAAAAGCUCAAAUGUAGACGAUUACGUUUUGACGCGACUUGCGUCAUGGUGCGAGAAAGGGUUAACAUUAUCAGAACAUUCAUGGUUGUCUUGGAACUGACUCCUUCAUGUGAGUGUUUCAAGAGUGUCACCCAAGUGCAUUUUCUGCCACCUCUCAGUAUUUUCUACCAGUACAAACACAUUCCUGUAAAUGUGUUAACUCACUGCGCACCUUUUUCCUUUGUCUCACAAUGAUGUUUACCUUACUAAAUUGUCACUAAGUAAAUAAACCUCUAUUUUUCAGAAGCACCCUUUCAGAUUGUCUAUUUUUAUCAGGAUUUCAUUCUAUAUCAUCUGAACUCAUUAGAUUUUUUUUUUUUUUUUUUUUAUGGAAGUUUAUUUAAUCAGUGACAAUUUAGUAAGGUUCACAUUAUUGUGGGACAAAGCAAAAAGAUGCAGAGGACUGCACAAUUACCCAAAUAUGCCGGUACUAGUAAAAAAAUACUCAAGGAUGCUAGAAAAUGUGCUGGUGUGACACGUCCAUGAAAAGAAGAUUGUGGGUCACCAAGCUCCUGGUUCUUACCUUUCCUCAUAUUUGUAGAUGUUCUGCUGUGGCUUGUGAUGUCUGAGGGGGUACAGGUCUUCAUUCCCAGGUGAAACAUGAGUUGUGAGGCUGCACUAUGGGCUCAGUCAAGCAAGAGUACAUUCCUUUAAAUGACACAGAAUUUGUAAUUGACACCAGGGAACUCGUCCCCUAGGCCCUGCCCCUUCCUGGAGUCAGCACUGAUUAUGUGUUUUUGUUUGUUUUUUUGUUUUUAGUUUAAGAUUACCUAAGGAAUUAAAAGGAACCACAAGCUAAAAGAGGAUCAAGCUGAAGUUGACACUACCCACAGAGAGGGUGAGUGAAGGGACGGGACCUAGGAGACAAGUUACCAGGUGCCAACUAUAGCUAAUUAUCAUGGAGGAAGUGCAGGACUUGCUGGAACCGCUUUCAUCAUGAAGGCUGAGCUGUGUUAGGAUCUGCAGAGAAAUGUAACAACGAUGCAGAACCCCAUGAAUAAUGAGGUUCAUCGAGGAUAUACUAGCACUAACCUCUUGUUCAAUAGGAAGGCUGAGCUGUGUUAGGAAUUAAGAAAAAUAUGUAACUAAUGGCACAAAACCUAGCUGAUAAUGAAGUUUAGGGAAACUAUACAAGCCCCUUCAGUAAUUUUAGUAGGAAGGAUGAACUGUGUCAGGAAGGAGAGCAAAGACAUUCAGUUCAGUUCAAUGUUGUUCAGAGGGAAUGUCUUUGCAAUGGCCCCUCUCUUAGUCCUUAAGUGUGGUUGUGAUGGUGUCGUGACCAGCGUGUGCCCCCCCCGGGGAAGGCUUACCAGCAUUACAGCACCAGGUUUUGAUGUUCUUCAUGAUUAUUGCAUGUGGCUUCAGAGUAAGGUAUGACUGUCACUUCAAAUGCACUAGUCCAGCUAUCUCACAUAAGGAGAAAUCUACUCAGGCUGGUAUAUGAAUGUGAAAUAUUGUUAAAAUAAAAAUUAUUAAAGCUUGAUUUUAACAACAGCUCGCUUUCAUGCCUCAGCUCAGUUUUUAAGAGUAGUUUUUUGUCCUGUAUGGGAACUAAUUUGACUAGUCCACUCAAAGUGGCAGACAUACCUUCAUUUUUGAAGCAGAGUUGGUCCCCAGGCCAACCUGCAAUUAGGGGGUCACACAGACUUUCUGGGUUAUAGUAGGUCAGACCAGCAUCAGCACACGACUGUGUUUGUGGAUGUCUUUAUUAUGUACUCACCAAACCUGGCUCUGGGUGUUCCUGAGCCACCAGGGUGUUACACAGGGAAGGGAAGAUGUCUAUGAAGUAACCAGCAGUAACAUGUAUUUGUGUUUUGACUGGAAGCCUUUGUAGGGAAGGUCACAAGGUACUUAAUACCAGGCUGCUAGAAGGAAGGAAAGGGUAGGAUAUAAUGUUCAAAGGAGUUCCCUGUGCACUGACGGAUGUAUUUGUAAGGAGUGGCAAAGAAGAGCAUCAUGUGACUUUCUUAGGACUCUGCAGUCCAAGACCAAAACUGUCCUUUAACGUUAAGUUGGGCUUUAUUUUAAGGGCCUUGUUUUGGGUCCACCUCAUGGAAAAACUAAAAUGGACAUCACAAAUAUUCAUCACCAUUGAGAUUAGUUGGUGAUUAUCAUGAGCCUCAAGUCCCCUGCCAUGCCCCUGCUGAGGCAGAGGCAAGGAAAACAGUGAUGCCCACUCGUCCUGAGUUAAGAGGUGAAGUUGAAUCUCCACUUAGUGCAGGGCAAGUAUUAGCAGUCAAGCUUUCCCUGUCUCUGCUGGGAGUGACAUCAUCUGUGGGAUAUUCAGAAAUAAAGAGACAGAAAGGACAUUCUCCAUAACUCGUGAUGGUGCAUGGUUUUAUUUAAGAUACCAUGAAAGUGAUUACUAAUACGAAGGCUGCAGGAGGAUGGGCCUAUCAGGGUGGAUGCUAUUGUCUGGUAUCCACGUAUAUAUUUAUCUUGCUUUUGUGUAAUUAUUUUGUUAAGAAUGAAGUGGUCUGGGUAUCCAGUCUGUAGGCUUCAUCAGGGUAAUUAUAAAGAGGCUGAUGGUGAGAAGUAUCAGUUUUGGAUUACAUUGCUCUGGCUGCUUUAUUGGCUGACUUUGUACUAAGGAAAACAUUACCAUGAGGCCAAUGUUGGGAGGGGAAGUGUAAUGCCAUCACCUCACUCUUCGUGGGAGGAAACUUUCCACACAUUAUUCACAUGAAGAUUGUAGAGUUCAGUAGUAGUGAGUGAAUAAAAUAAAUGUCUUAUCCAUUUCAAUAAAGUAUUUUUUUGUUAA